AUGAACUUCGAUGACGUCGUGGCCAACAGCGACAAGAUCAUGCCCGACCAUGUCCUGGAGGUAGCCCUCGACGAGGAACGUCUUGUGGUGCAAGGAUUUGACGAGAUGAUCACCGAGAGCGACGUUAACCCGUUUAUAUAUGGUGAUACCAAAACACACUUCCAUACUCUAUGGACGGCUGAUGGGUAUAAAUCGACUGGAUGCUCAAACUUGGAAUGUGAUGGUUUUGUGCCCGUAAAUUAUGCUCCAAUUACUCCAGGAGAUACGAUAGAGGCAAACGGUGGACAAACAAAAUUCACGAUCAAGAUAUUUAAAAGUAAAGAUGAUGGUGAUUGGUGGUUGCACUUUGGCUAUGAUAGCCAAAACCUUAGCCGUGUGGGAUAUUGGCCCAAACGUAUUUUUAAUAAUAUGGCGGACCAUGCCAAUCUCAUUACUUGGGGUGGUUUCACUCGAUCGUCUGUUGGUGAUGCUAGUCCUGCAAUGGGAAAUGGGAAAUGGCCCGGAGAAACAUCAGCAUUUGUUCGGGACAUCAAAUACGUGAAUACUAAUGGCCAAGCUGACUCGGAACCGGGCCUUCGUGCUUAUUUAUCUCACCGUAAAUGCUACGGCUUGGGCCCCUUUAUCAAUGAUAUGUUCUCUUAUGGAGGACCUGGAGGUUGUACAAAGUAA